UUAAAUGUGGCAUCACUGUAGUAAGCAUCACUGCGUUUUGAUGCAGAAAGCUGCUGGGGAGAAAGUGCUUGCUUCUUCAAUAAUAUUAGACUGAAAAGCCAGACAGCAGUCCGUUGCGAUGGCUGAAGCAGCGACGGCGCCCCGGUGGCUCCGCAGGGCCUCCCCCGUCGAGGAGUACUUCGAAGAGGGACACAAGAAGAAGCUCAACAUCGUCAACUACACCAUCACGUUCAGUUCGACGUCCGCGCGUCUGGCGGAGAUCAUGGAGGAGGCCCUCACACUACUCUAUAGGAAAGUGCCGGUGCUUCGGGUCUGCUUCGGCUGGCGCGACGACCAGCUCUGGCUCCGAGAGAUGGACGAAUGUAAAGUGGAUUUUAAGGUGCUGAAGGAUGACGCGUUGGACAAGCAUCGGGCAGGGAUCAUGCAGGGCUUCGACACGGAGCGCGGCCCGCUGUGGCGAGUAGCGCUCUUGGCAGAGCCAGACGAGGAAUCUAGAGAGUGAGGCGGCCGAGCCCUCUAUACGGGAUACCCGGGCAAAGCUAGACUUGGUAAAUCUCACUAACUCAUCCACGCGAACGCGGCCGCUGAACGAAUUGCCGCGGCCGUUCGCCCACAAUUACUCCGUCCUGUUCUGCAUCCACCAUGGCAUCGCGGACGGCAUGACCAUCACGAGAAUCUGCGGUUUCCUCCGGGCGAUUCUAGACGACAUCUUGUCGGGUCGCUCCGUCGACGCGGCGGAGCAGCUGGGCGAGCACGUUGCAUACGACGCUGCCAUGGCGCUAUACGCUGCGGAGGAGCAGAAGCUGAAGGACGACCCUGCUCUCUUGGAGAAGGCAAUGAAGGAGUUUGCAGAGGGCGAGAGGAUGCGUCCGCUCCUCCUGGAUGUCCUGCCGCGACCCCAGGGCGGCGAGGCUACCACCGGCAGCAUUUCUUUUCGCCUCAACGAGGAUGAAACGAAGGCUCUCGUCAGCUGCUGCAAGAAGGUGAAGGUGUCUCUAAACAGCUACUUUACCAGCGCCAUCAACGUCGCCCUCAUCGAUUUCCUGGAGAGCCUGGGCGUGAGGAGGGACGCCUACGAGUUCCGCGCGGGACACGACAUCAGCCUGCGCCGCUACUACGGCGGAGACACGUCCCGCACCCUCGGCGUCCACCUGCCCACCUUCGGCUUCCGCUUCGUGUACAGAGCGACGGCCAACCUCUACCGGGAGUUCUGGGCGUCGACGAGGGCGUUCCACAAGAGGUUCCACGACGCGCUACUCAAGGGGGAGCCUCUGCGGGCGGUGGUGCUCCGGCAGAAGGACGCUUCCCAGUUCGACGACAUCAAGGGCUUCUACAGCGACCAGGGCGAACCGAACUAUUACUACACGAUCUCCAACCUCGCCGAUGUGACGGAGGCGCUGUCGAAGGAGGGCGACAACGUGCAGAUCACGCAGAUGGACCGCUACGUGGCGCUCAGGAACAAAAAGUGCUUCAUGUGCUUCAGCAUCCACACGUUCAGGGACCAAGUGACUGUCAACAUGCUCUACUCGACCCACUACUUCAGCGAAGAGAACGCGAUCCGGUUGGCUGACCUUGUGUACACGAGUAUCAUCACGAGGAUUGUGGUCGACGAGAAACUGGCGUAGGCCCUUAUCUUGUGAAGAGCGAUGUGUGUAUCGCUCACUUUCCCUUCCUCUCUCUGUGUGUCUG